AUUAGCUUUGCCUAGCCCUCCAGCGCCUGCUGUCAACCUGCCUCAGCUGUUGGCACUAGCUAGCUGGAAGCGGCUGUGUAGCUUUUAGUAAUGCCUUCUAAUAUUACUCUACCUCAGUGACAUUUAGUCGGUGUUAGUCAAACGUAACUGUUAAAGAAGAUGGGGCUACCGCAGAGCUCGUUUUUGUCGGACGGUGGAACUCAUAGUGGAUAUCAUGUCCACGGGGUUCAAGAGGAUUCACCUGCUCUGAAGGCUGGUCUGGAGCCCUUCUUUGACUUCAUCCUCUCUAUAGGAAACACCAGACUUAAUAAAGAGAGUGACUUGCUGAAAGACCUCCUAAAAGCCAAUGUAGAAAAAGCGGUCAAACUUGAAGUGUACAACUCGAAAACCCAGCGGGUGAGGGAACUGGAGGUGACACCCAGUAACAUGUGGGGUGGUCAGGGUCUGCUGGGGGCUAGUGUCCGCUUCUGCAGCUUUGAAGGAGCUAAUGAGAACGUGUGGCAUGUCUUGGAUGUAGAGACUAAUUCUCCUGCAGCGUUGGCUGGCCUUAUUGCACAUAAUGACUUCAUUGUGGGAGCUGACCAGGUGUUACAAGAUUCAGAGGAUUUCUUUUCAUUGAUUGAAGCCAAUGAGGGGAAACCUCUGAAGCUGCUGGUGUACAGCACACAGACUGAUCAAUGCAGAGAGGUAGUGGUGACUCCCAAUGGAGCAUGGGGAGGAGAGGGAAGCUUAGGCUGUGGUAUUGGCUAUGGCUACUUGCACAGGAUCCCAACUCGUCCAAUUCAACCUAACAAUCAGAAUAAAAGUGUUCUGCAGUCCACAGUCACUGGCAGCAGUGAAGAGCUGGUUGCAAGCGACCACACUGAGGUGCCUUCUGCGGCUGAAUGUAGUCCUUCUAGUGUCAGUGAAAUAGGCUUGAAUCAAAUCGAAGGAGCUGUGCAGGACUUGUGUGUAACCUCACCCACACAGCCACCUGUAGACUUUGAUAUUUCCAACAUACCUGAAGCAAUGACUCCAGACUUAUCUGACAUGGUUUCUACCAGUGACAUGGGCCAGAGCUCCAUGUGUGCUAAUUAUGGAGAUGACUCUGGUGAUCAGUGUAGCUUGGAUAACUCAUCUGAUUUCCAAACUCCUACAUCUCCAGAGAAGGAAGCAGAAACUGACCAGGAGCGUCCCAUUGACCUGAUAGCUGCAGAUGACCCUGUUGACCUUAAGGUCACCACUGAAAACUUGAGUGACAGAGGUAUCCCAGAGAUGCAAGAUAACAGUUCUGAGCCAUCACUUUCAGCCACUGUCACGAAGGAGGAGGAGAUGUCGAUGCCUGCUGCGACAGACAAUUAAGAGGACUGCUGUACCAGAGAAUAAGUAACUUGUUUAACUCUACUUGCAUAACAGAUUAAGAGCACACCAAGAUACAGAAAAGCUUCCCCAUGCGAUUGUAAGUUGCUUCACUGGAACUAUUUUUUAAUUUACAAGAGUUUUAUUUAUAUACAAGUGCCAUUGCUGCAUGUUGAAUUGCACAUUUAAGAAAGAGGUGCGUCGAGUGGAAAGCUGGUCAGGUAGUUAUAACAAUAUGAAUGUAUUCUAUAAUUUAGGCAUACUGUAUGCCUCAACAUCAAAUAGAAUGAAGCCUUAGUUGAAUUUUAGUUGCUGUUAAAAGUUGUCUUAGUUUGCACUAAAAAGCCAAAGUUGGAUAAUAUUCAAUUUUGUUGCUCUUACUGUUGCCACCUGCUAAAUAGUAUGAAACACUGUUAGAAAAUAGGAAGUUUGAACUGGAGUUCACACAGAUCCAUCAUGUGAUUUUAUUUAUUAAAUUUUGGAAUUAGGGGUUUAUGUUUUUAAUUUUCCGGUGGGUUGAGUUUGGGAUGAGUACACAUGUGGAAAAGUUUUUUAAUCUCAGGCAUUUACCAUUUAAGCCUUUUUGCCUUAUGUCUCAUUAUAACUAUCCUUGUUUCAUAUGUGUAGGUUUGACUUUUGAUUGGUGUAAAUGAGCCACAUGAGAUGCAACUCUCUGAUUGACUUCUGUUUCCUCUCUUUAUAUAGAUUUUAAUUGGAUUAUGUUUAUGUUUUUAUGGAUGGAUGUAAAUAUUUAUAAAAAAAAAAAAGAAGAAGAUGCUCAAGAUAAA